UCCAGUCGAUUCCAGKCAAGAUGGCACCGAGUGGGUUGAAGGCAGUGGUCGGCGACAAAAUCCUUAGUGGGGUCAUCAAGAGUGUAAAGAAAGAYGGAGAAUGGAAGGUUUUAAUCGUGGAUCACAUGAGCAUGAGGAUUCUGUCCUCUUGCUGCAAGAUGUCUGACAUUUUGGCAGAGGGGGUGACUAUUGUGGAAGACAUCAAUAAACGCAGGGAGCCAAUUUCCAGUUUGGAGGCCAUUUAUUUGAUCACACCAGUGGAAAAGUCAGUUCGUGCCCUCAUUGCUGACUUCAAAGAUGCAGCUUUCACAUACAAGGCAGCACACAUCUUCUUCACUGAUACCUGCCCCGAUGAGCUGUUUGCUGAAAUUGGAAGAUCCCGAGUGGCAAAGGUUGCCAAGACUUUAAAAGAGAUCAAUGUUGCAUUUCUGCCAUACGAAUCUCAGGUGUUUUCUCUGGAUGACCCAGCUUCAUUGUACUCAUUCUACAGUUCCAAGACGAAUGAAGGUAGAAACAAAAUGAUAGAAAGUCUAGCAGAACAGAUUGCAACAUUGUGUGACACACUGAACGAGUACCCUGCAGUUCGAUACCGCAAGGGACCUGAGGAAAAUGCUAAACUGGCUGAUGAGGUCUACCAACGCCUUACUGCUCAUAAAGCUGAUAACCCAAAAAUGGGAGAGGGUCCAGAUAAAGCACGAUCUCAACUGCUGAUUGUUGAUCGUGGGUUUGAUCCCAUCUCACCUAUUCUACAYGAGUUGACCUUGCAGGCAAUGGCUUACGACUUGCUCGAUAUCAAGCAGGACAUCUAUAAUUAUCAGACGACUGGCAUUGGCAACUCAAAAGAGAGAGAAGUCUUACUGGAUGAGGACGAUGAGCUCUGGGUUCAACUCAGGCAUAUGCACAUCGCAGAUGUAACAAAGAAAGUGACAGAACUUCUUCGCACCUUUUGUGAAAGCAAGAGAAUGAGCACUGAUAAUGCCAACAUCAAGGAYCUUUCUCAGAUGUUAAAGAAGAUGCCACAGUAUCAGAAGGAGCUGAGCAUGUACUCUACUCAUUUGCACUUAGCAGAAGCUUGCAUGAAGAAAUUCAAGGCCACUCUUGAUAAAGUUUGUGAAGUGGAGCAGGACCUGGCAAUGGGAUCAAAUGCAGAAGGGGAACCUUUAAAGGAUGCCAUGAAGAGCAUUGUUCCUGUACUUCUCAACAAUGAUAUUGGAGCUUAUGACAAAAUCCGCAUMAUAUUGCUGUUCAUAUUUCAUAAGAAAAAAGGUAUCACAGAAGAGAACCUUGCCAAACUCAUCCAACAUGCAAAUAUACGGGAAGAGGGCAAAAUCAUCAAUAACAUGCAAAAACUGGGCUGUAACAUUAUUGCUGGGGGCACUAAUGCUGGAAAAAUGCUGCCAGAUCGAAAGGAGCGAACAGAGAGUACAUACCAACUCUCUAGAUGGACACCCAUCAUUAAGGAUGUCAUGGAGAAUACCAUUGAAGACAAACUGGAUAAGAGACAGUGGCCAUUCAUCUCUGAUCCUGCUCCAGUCAACACAACUCAGACUGCAGUCAGCAGUGCACGAUUUGGACACUGGCACAAAAAUAAGUCUCCGACAGAGUAUCGCUGCGGCCCUCGGCUUAUUAUUUUUGUGAUUGGUGGUGUGUCACACUCAGAGAUGCGUUCUGCUUACGAAGUCACUGGAGCAACUGAAGGAAAAUGGGAAGUUCUUAUUGGGUCAUCUCACAUCUUGACUCCCACCAGCUUCCUUGAUGACUUAAMCAAUUUAGAUUAAACACCUUAUCCCAAAUCUUGCUCUCCAGGUUUAAAGAGCACAAAUGAAUAAGGGUACUGUUCUUCAUUAGCAUGGUCACUGGUUUUUCUGCCUUAUGUCAUAAGUGAAAUAUGAAGCGAAGAUAUGAAUGUAAUCAUUGAAGGUAACUACUGAUUCUUUAUUUUAAAAUGGUCUUUUUAUUGCUUUUGUGUCUGAAUUAGGGAUUCUUGUCUUCUGAUUGAAAUUGUGUAAGAAUAUUUAGCUAGAUAUGUGUAGUAUUUUGGUUAAUUAUUCUUAUACAAAAUCUUGUUAUAUAUUUGAUUGCCUAAAUAUGCUCUCAAAAACAKAUAUUCUUAGACUAUGUAUUUAAUGAAACUAUAACUUGAUAAGGUUCCAAUAACAAUAAAUAUGUAAUAGUAAUAACUGUAUUAAAUGCUUUUCUUCUAGGGCAUUGUAUCAAAUCUGAAAAUUGUUUUCUCUGACUAUAUGUGACAACAGCUGCAAUUAACUUUUUUUUUCUCUUAUAUUUUGAUAAAUUGUACAAAAUACAUAUACUUUAAUAUAUACCCUGGGAAUAUGUGGGGUGGGUGUUUUUUUUUUCCAGUCAAUAAAAUAAAUUAUAAACGAAA